CUCAAUCCAACACGAGUCCAAGACCAAUUUUGCCUCACACCUUCCACUAUAUAAACGCCAUUUCGGACGCCAUUAGGGUUUUGUAUUCGUUUGGUAGAAACAGCAGAUCGACCUAGCACAAAGAGUUCGACAUGGGGAGAAGACCUGCAAGGUGUUAUCGCCAGAUCAAGAACAAGCCUUACCCUAAAUCACGGUAUUGCCGUGGUGUACCUGAUCCAAAGAUCAGAAUUUAUGAUGUUGGAAUGAAGAAAAAGGGUGUGGAUGAGUUCCCCUUCUGUGUGCAUUUGGUUAGUUGGGAGAAGGAAAAUGUCACCAGCGAGGCACUGGAAGCUGCACGUAUUGCAUGCAACAAAUACAUGACCAAAUUUGCUGGGAAGGAUGCUUUCCACUUGAGGGUGCGUGUACACCCUUUCCAUGUCUUGCGUAUAAACAAAAUGUUGUCGUGUGCAGGAGCUGAUAGGCUCCAGACUGGAAUGAGGGGGGCUUUCGGUAAGCCUCAAGGUACAUGUGCGCGUGUGAGCAUCGGUCAGGUCCUUCUUUCUGUGCGCUGCAAGGAUGGUAACAGUCAUCAUGCCCAGGAGGCUCUGCGCCGUGCAAAGUUCAAGUUUCCUGGUCGUCAAAAGAUCAUUGUCAGCAGGAAGUGGGGAUUUACCAAGUACAAUCGUACUGAUUAUCUGAGGUGGAAAUCAGAAAACCGCAUCAUGAACGAUGGUGUUAAUGCCAAGCUUCUCGGAUGCCAUGGACCCUUGGCCAAUCGUCAACCUGGAAGAGCUUUCAUACAGGCACCUGCUUAGGUUCACCUCAACUGAGAAACCAGUGUUUUGGCGACUUUUAUCUAUCCAUAUCGUAAUGUUUAAUCUCGGAUUUGAAUACUUUUGUUUGAUUGCUUCUACUGCUAUGCAGCUUUGUUGAAUUAUUGUUUAGUUCUCUUUGCUUGAAUGAAUUGGAAACUUAAUUCAGUUCCAUUUAUUGGGACAUAGUUUUUACUUA